AUGACAGCGAAAGAGUUUGGGAUCGACCAUGCUCUAUUCGGGGUCGAGGAUUACAAGACCUACGUCAAGAAACGUGCUGCAUUUGGGAAUGCGUUUUCUCGAACAAAGCUUUCCAAGAUACAGGACCAAAUUAACGAAGAGAUCCAAAAAGGAUGCAUUUGGGUUGAGGAUAAUAGCAAGGAUGGGGGUCCUGUUGAUCUGGCCUUCUUGUUUCGGGCUGUUCCAGCAGAAAUCAUAACCAAAUAUCUUUUCGGCCAAGAAUAUGGGUUUCUGCAGCAUGUGCAGACCACCAAGAACCUUUACGAUAAGAGGAUGGACAGAUUGUUUGGGUUCUCACAUCUGGGUAGAUUUAUACCCAAAGAGAUCCCCCUUUUUCUGUCUCUCUUCCGUCAGUUGAUCUUGAGGGCUCUGGGGUUCAACGACCCAGGUUCUGCAUUUCUUGACUAUUUCUUGCUCGCUCAGAAGUUGGUGCAAAAGGUCGUGGCUCAACACAACCACUCGAAUGAAAAUUCUGAAAGCGUCCCGCAACAUACCGUGUUUGAUGACUUUCUAGAUAGCUCAUUGCCUCAAGAGGAAAAGGAAAAGGGCCCUCUCACUCAACAAGCUGUGGCUAUCUGGAGUGGGGGAUGGGACACGGUCGGAUUUGUGCUGACCAUGGCGGCAUACCAAUUACUCCAGAAUCCACAAGUUGAGCAGCGCCUUUACGAGGAACUCAGAAAGGCCUGGAAAGACCCUAAUGAAUCCCCCGAGAUCACAACUUUGGAGGGCCUGCCAUACCUUACUGCUGUAGUCAAGGAAACGUUUCGUCUAUCUCCUGGUGCGCUUUGCCGCCUGAGUCGCGUCAACCCUAGCGGCAUCGAACAAUAUGGCGAUUGGGAAAUUCCCCCGGGCACAAUUAUCAGCAUGUCUAUUCCGGAUGUUCUCUCAGAUAAGGCAAUCUGGGGGUCUGAUGCUUCUGUUUUCAAGCCCGAAAGAUGGCUCAGUGGAAGUGCGGACCUCGACAGAUACCUAGUGACUUUCAGCAAAGGAACGCGAGUUUGUCCAGGAAUUGAGUUGGCAUGGAUCGAGACCCGGCUUGUUAUUGCUAGCCUUUUCCGAAGGUACGAGAUGAGCAUCGUACCAGAGGCCGGCAUAUCUGAUGAUGAUAUCAUGCCGUAUUACGAGGGGUUCACGCCUGCAGUCAAGAAUUGGAUAUCGCGACUGCCGGUCAGCGUGAAGCCUAGACAUUAG